UUUUGGCGAAGCAAGGAAAGUAGCUAGAAAAACAGAAGAAAGAAAAGAAAAUACAAUUUUUUUUUUGUUGUAUCUUCUUCUAUCUUGUAUUUGUAUGUAGUCAGUGUGAAUUUUAUUUUUUGGUGAAAAUGUCGACCGACCAAUCAAUGUUUUCAUAAAUUUCUUUGAAAUUUUUACUCAAAUAAAAUUGAAUAAAAAUCAAAAUUAUUACGAUAGUUAAUAACAAUGACAUUCGUGCGUGAUCCGUGCGGUAUUGUUUGUUUAUUGGUAACAUAUUUGGCUGUUUUUUACGCCGAUUAUGUUGUCAUGCGAUGGAUUAUCCUCCAAACAAUGCAAACAAGUCUUUGGGCGCCACUGCAUGUUGUGCUAUUUAAUACAGUGGUCUUCCUGCUGGGAAUGUCCCAUUUGAAAGCGGUCCUCUCCGAUCCGGGUACAGUACCACUCCCAUUAAAUCGGUUGGACUUCUCGGAUUUGCAUGCCAAUCAAAAGAACGGCACCAACCAUGACCAUGGCGAAUGGACGGUGUGCACGCGAUGCGAGACAUAUCGUCCACCGAGGGCUCAUCAUUGUCGCAUCUGUAAACGAUGCAUUCGACGAAUGGAUCAUCACUGCCCGUGGAUCAACAAUUGUGUUGGCGAGCGUAAUCAGAAGUUCUUCUUGCAGUUUCUAGUCUAUGUAGGUAUUUUGUCGCUCUAUUCCGUCGCUCUAGUGCUGGGCUCGUGGAUCUAUCCAUGCGAGGAGUGUAAUGCCAAUAUUGUGGAAUCACAAACUAGGAUGCUCCACAGCGUAAUAUUACUCUUAGAAUCAGCACUCUUUGGUCUAUUUGUUCUUGCAAUUAUGGUCGAUCAAAUGCACGCGAUACUCUACGAUGAGACUGCCGUAGAAGCUGUACAACAAAAGGGCUCGUAUCGACCGAAUCGUCGCAAGCUAAAUCUAUUAGCCGAUGUAUUUGGACGCGGCCAUCCAGCUUGUUGGCUUAUGCCGUGUACGAAUUUUAAUUCUAGAAAGUAUGAUGCUCCAUUAUUGAGUCAUGAUGUGUAAAAAAGCAAAAACAAAUUUAAAAACAACAAACAAAACACUCAUACAAAAAAAAACUGCUCUGAACUGAUUUACCAAAAAAUACUGAAAAACAAAACAACAAACCAACUCUCUGGAGAUUUUGUCAAGAAGAAAUAAUCAAAAAAUUGAAAUAUUAUUUAUUUUGUUUUAUCAUUCAGAAAGUUUUCUAGGUGCAUAGUAAUAUUAAAAAAAUAUUGUAAUUUAUUUUCUACACACCUUAUACAUUCAUAUUCAUGCAUAUAAUAUAAUUAAUUAUUAUUAUAAUUUUAUUUAUUAGAAAUAUAUGAAUUAGAGAAAAAAGUCUUAGUGUAAAAUGAUGGUGUAUGGAAUUUUGUAUAAGGAUGUUUUUUUCUUUUUUGUUUGUUCUUUUCUUUUAAGUUGACUAAGGGAGAUUAUUUUUUAAUAUUUUGUUUUUAUUAAAAGUAAAAUAAUAAUCUACUGCAUUUUUGUAUUCCAUUUUGUUUCAUUUUUUAAAUGUAAUUUUGUGUGUAUUAUUUUUUCCAACAUUCUGUUUUUUUUUUAGUUUCUUUGUAAAUAACUACAAUAUUGUAUUUUGUAUUAAAUAUCUUACAUAUGGUUUACCAAGUAUUUAAUUUUACUGUAAUUAUUAUAUCUUAUCAUUUAAGAACAACACAGAGAUUAGUAGAAAAGAACACCAAUUUUAUUUUGUUAUACAUUAAGUAAAAAAUAAAUCUACAAUUUAUAAAGUUCGAAUUUUUUUUUUGGUUGAAUAAGAAUAGGAUAUGAGAUUUUUUAAUAGAAUCAUAACUUUACAGGACUUUUUAAUUAGAUAAUAUAUAAUUGUAUAUCUUUUAAUGGCUUAAGUUAAGAUAGGUUUGAAGGGUUGUCCUUAAGUGUCAAAAAUGAGAAGUUUGCAAAGGCCUCAAAAAAGGGGUUUUCCGAUUGUUGUUUUCCAGUUUAUAUGUAAGUGAUAUUUGUUUUCCGCAGCUUCCUCUCGAUCCUCUAAAAUAUAAGAAAAGCUUAUACCAGGCGAAUCCUCCUCUCCCUCUAACUAUCGUCCAAUAGCACUCACGCCCCUUCUUUCCAAUGGAAACGCUGAUUUAUUAUCAGCUUAAGAAAUAUCUCGAAGAACGGAAGCUUCUUAAUGACCGACAGUAUGGCUUUCGUAGCACUAGGUCCACAGGUGAUCUCAUGGUUUAUCUCACCGAACAGUGGAACAAAUCUUUACAUCGUUUUGGAGAAGGUAAGAUCAUUACACUUGAUAUUUCAAAAGCAUUUGAUAGAGUUUGGAACCAAGCUCUCUUAUUGAAAAUGCGUGCUUUUGGCAUUGAUGAAUCUCUUCUUCGUUGGAUUAGAUAUUACCUUUCUAACCGUUCUAUUCAAGUUGUAUUGGAUGGUUUCAAGUCUGAAAUUCAUAAAAUAAAUGCAGGUGCCCCCAGGGCUCCGUUUUGUAUCCGACUCUCUUUUCUUAUAUUCAUAAAUGAUCUUAUGUCUGCCACUUCUAAUCCAUUAAACUGUUUUGCCGAUGACAAUACCCUCAGCUUCUCAUACUCGUUUCUUGAUUUACAGCCUUGUCCUUUGGAUGUGGAACUUAAACGGCAGCGUAUGAUAAGCUCAAUAAAUUCUGACCUUGACAGCAUUGCCCAAUGAGGAGUUAGAAACCGUGUAGAAUUUAAUGCUUCGAAAACUCAAUGCUGUCUCCUGUCGUCAAAGAGAAACACAACUCCGAUGCCACUAUCUAUGAGUGGCACUUGUGGUAUGUUUAUCACAGAUCACCUUUUAUGGAAUGAUCAUAUAUUUGAUAUUGCCAAAAAGGCUGCUACGUGCUUAGGAUUUCUCCGACGCGACGGUGCAAGGAAUGGUUCAACCCUUCUGAUCUGGCUGUAAUUUACAAAGCCUUCAUCCGUCCAAAGCUUGAAUAUAACUCGCAUAUCUGGGCACGUGCCCCUAAAACUAGUUUAAAUCUCUUGGAUAGAAUACUAAAAAGGGCUUUAAAAAUGAUACUCGAUAGAACUAUAACCGAAACAUUUACAUCGCUGGAACACCGCCACAAUGUUUCAUGCCUUUCGUAGUUUUAUCGAUAUGUGGAAUGCUUUAGCCAACUCUGUUUUUCCCUCCCAUUUUGAUGUUCAGAACUUUAAGACCAAUGUGCACCGGAAUCUCCUCUUAAGUCUAAUAACCCCUUGAGUGACUGUAAAUUAUAAAAAAAAAUGUAGGGACCAUUGAGGCCUAUUAUGACAUUGCAGGAUCUUUGUUUUAUUUUCUAGGAAAUGUUUAGUCAGAUUUCUCAAAACCUAACAAGUGUCAAGGGCUGAUUGAUCAUUUGUGGUUUAUAAUUUGCAUUUAACAAAAAUUAGUCAAAUUUAAAAGAUUUAAGUCUCAGUACAUUUUUAAAAAGGAGUAUUCUUGUUGGAAGGUUAAUUUUUAAGCUAGGCAAGCAUACAGUCCUAUUCAUGGAUAGAAUCGACAAAGUCUAUUAAUUCAUGUGAAUUUGUCAUUGAAUUGGCUGCAUAUUCCUUAUAUUUUUUACGUGGGCAUCUUUAUCUUUACGUUUUUUGACUCCUCUAGUUAUAAGAAAUUGAAAGUACAACAUAUGCAAAUAUUUUUAGUAGAAUUGUGAAAAAUUGAUCAUGAUAAAAAUGGUUACAUUUUGAUGCCUAAGUUGGUUUAUUUCGCGAAAUAUCCGAAUUAAAAAAAGUUCAAGGUUGAUGUAAAAAUUGCAAUUUACACUCUUCUAAAAUUUCUCUCAUACAAAAGUGUUUCGCACGUGAGAAAAAGGAGCUUCUAGUUGUUGAGAUAUACGAACUUUUCACCAAUUGCUCCCUUUAAGCGGAUAACAAAAAACAGAAUUUCAUGUAAAAUUUAUAUAAUUGCGACCUAAUUGGGUAAUUAAGAUUCUCAUUUAACAGUUCUACCUUGAAUAUUUGGAACGACAUCACAGAGGAGAGCUUGUUAUCUUCCACCUUGUCGUAUUGUCCGAGAUAUUUUCUCCUUUGGGCAUAUCAUAAGUGUGUAAAAUUUUCUUAAUAUGUGUACAGGUAUUUUUUAUAGGGGCUACAGACCUUACAACUAGCACGGAAUAUUUAAAUCACUAUUUUGCUUACAGUGGGCGGUUAUAAGGCCACUUAAUACACUUAUAGUAUACAAUCUUUGAAGAGUUGUUGGUUAGAACUCCCAAGUAAUGUUUUUGCUUGUUCCAUUUUCUCCUCCUCAUCUUUUUU